AUGGAUGUUGAAGAAGACUUGAUGAUAGUUGACGAGGUCGGCGUCUCUAGUCAACAAGCAGGGCGCGAAAAAACUUCCGUCCGGCCCGUGUUUUCAGACCCUGACAGGGUCUAUUGUAGAGUGGCGGAUCCCGGCCAGGAAAAACUCCGUCGAGGCGAACGUAUGCGGACGCGGUUCGGGACCGCGUGGUGCGAAAUUCGGAUGUCGCCCGGCGAAAAUCUACAAUUGGCGCCCAACGUGGGGCUUCUUUUUCAAACAUUACAGGUUUUAGGUGCAGCAAGAGUCAAGGUCACAGGAACCGAAGGAGGAUCGAAAAUUAAUAAUAAUGUGAUAGGAGUGGAUUUUUUUGUCAUAAUUGAACCGGGUCACGAAUCUUCCGCCAUGAUCCAAGGUAAAGGCGUAGAACUUGUAAUCAGAGGCUUGGAUAAUCGCAAUGUUGAUUCUUUAUUGAAGUUACAGAUGUCUGAAGGUGCUACUGAAAUCGCCGAUAUGUGUAAAGGUGAAGAGACCGAUGACAACAGAGUCAUUGGAUUUUCUUGA